CUUGAUCCUAAUUCAAAAUGCCAUUUUAUUUUCUAACAUAUUGUCAUUAUAUCUUUGAAAACCCUUAUUCCAUUCCCAUAUAUAGGUCGUUCAUUCCAUAAGAUUCUUCAACAAACUUGUGCCAAAGUUCAUUAAAAAUAUAAAUAAUCUUCCAAAUUAAAAUGAUGAGUGAAUUUGGGAUGAAUAAUUCAAGUGGAUGGGAUUUACAAGCCAUAGUUAAAGGAAGAUCAAUUAGUUGUAGUUCUAAUAGUACAAAUACUAAUUAUACUAAUACAAAUAAUAGUGUGAACUUACCAACUUCAUAUGAUGCUUGGUUUGAUUCUUUUCUUGAAGAUUUGCACCAUCAAAAUAUGGAAAUUAGUUCAAUAACAAACUUGUGCCAAGAAGUAGUUGAUAGUUCAGCUGAUGAUCAUAAGCCAAACCUAAAGUCAACUAAUAUUUCAUGUGAAAGCACUAGAGCCACUAUAUCCAAAAGAAGGAAGAACAAACAUAAGAUAAUAAAGAUGGUUCAACAAGCAGGAGGAGAUCGAAUUUUGAGUGAUAAGUGGAAUUGGAGGAAAUAUGGUGAAAAAGUCAUCAAGGGUUCUCCUAAUCCUAGGAGCUAUUACAGAUGCAGCUAUUCAGGAGGAUGUUCAGCAAGAAAACAAGUAGAAGAAAGCUAUAAUGAGCCAGGAUUGUAUCUUAUAACAUACAUGGAAGAACAUACUCAUCCUUACCCAACUCGCCGCCAUUCACAAGCUGGUCGUUCUGUUAAAAGGUUUAAUAAUCAUUCAUUAUCCUCAACAAAACUUGCUACUACAAUCAAUGAUCAAUCACCAAACCUGACCUUGAUUAAUAACACUAUGAUCACUUCCUCAUCAGAAUCAUCAACAAAGAAUAAUAAUGAGGAUCAAGGUUUUGUCUUGCAAGGUGAAGAUCAAGAUGAUGGAAGUAAUGUUAGAUUAUGUGUUGGUAAUGAUAAUAAUAAUCAAAGUGUUUAUUUUGGAAAUGUGGUGUUUGAAGAUGAUUUCUUUGCAGGUUUAGAUUACUUAGAAAGUUUAACUGUCAACUUGUAUGAUUAAUAUUGGAUGGACUAUUGUUUUCCAUUUUGAUCUGAUCUUUUAUGAGCUUGUUUUUAAUAUGUUUUACUUGUAAAUGUCAUUAAUAUAUGACAUAAACAAUAGUUUUUGGUGGUGAAAUAUACAUAAAUGUCCUAAAGACCCAUUUGGUUGCACUGG